UAAUAAAAUUUAUAAUGUCUAAAAUAUAGAAAUAAGAUUAUGAAGAAGUUCUCAAAAGAAAUCCUAAUGACAUUAAAUCUAUGAUAGCAUUAGGUUGUUAUUCUUAUUAUUUAGGUUAAAAACUUUUGUAAUAAUAAAAAAGGAAUUAAGCACUUUAUUGGUUUGACGCAGCAAUUAGUCUCGAUCCUAAUAUGGUUGAUUCACUAUGUGGAAAAGGUAAUAUUUUAAAGAAUAUAGAAGGUGAUGCUUUGUAGUUAUUUGAUAAACAUUAGAAAGCAAUCUAAUGGUAUGAUCGAGCUUUGAAUAUUGCUCCAAAUCAUGUUCCAAGUUUAGUUGGAAAAGGUAAAUUAUCAACUUUAUCAAAAUAAUAGCUAAAGCCUUAUAUCAAUUAGAAUUAGAUUUUAAUAAAUUAGCCAAACGUAUUACUAUUUUUCAUUUUAUUUAGCUAAAGUCUUAAACAAAUAGAUAACAGAAUCUAGUCUUUAUGAACGAGGUAUGUAUUAAGAAUCAUUAUUUUCCAUACUUUAGAUUCGAUAGAAAAACUAAAAAUGGAAUAGCGUUUCAAAGAAAAAGGUAUAAUAUAAUGAUCAUCUAUCAUUUUAGAAGAUCAAAACAAAGAAAAAUUAGAAAUUCGUCUUAAAGAAAAAGGUAUAAAAUAAACAUUAUAAUUUAGAGAAAAUUACUAUGAAUAAGGAAUA